AUAGUGGACUGUCAUUAUGAGACAGUCUUCGUGACGCCUUAACUUUAGAUUGACCUUCGGCCAAGCCAUUACUUAGCCUAGUCUAUCUACUUCUGUUCUGUCAGACGUCGUAGUCUUGAGAGAAUCGCCAGACUUCAUGAACAUAAUACGCCAAGUGCAUAACAUCUUCAGGAGCGGUGCUGACCUUGGUGUUAGAACAAUGCCUCUCUACGAACCACAGGUGGCCACUAAAAAGGCCACUUUUGGAAUGGCAUGAUUUUGGUUUCCAGAGGCCCAGUUUGGCGCAGCCCCUGGUGUCGUAAGAACCAGAUAGGCUAUGCUGGUGGGUCCAAGGUUAACCCAACUUAUCGUAACUUGGGUGACCAUACUGAAACCAUUGACAUUGAUUAUGACCCUGAGGAAACAGAGUAUUCAAAACUUCUUACCCUCUUUUGGAAACAUCAUAAUCCCACUUCCAAUUGCUCGCGACAGUACAUGUCGGCAAUUUUUUACCACGAUGAGGAGCAAAAGAAACUAGCUGAUGAGUCAAUGAAAAUGCAGCAGAAGAAUUUUACUAGGGCAAUUACUACAAAGAUCCUUCCCCUGGAGAAAUUUUAUGAAGCAGAAGAUUAUCAUCAGAAGUACAUCUUGCAGCGUCAUUCUUUCUUGAUCAAUGCCCUUGAUAUUGAUCCGGGGGAGGAGCUGAUCCAAAGUCACGUUGCUGCACGCAUAAAUGGAUCAUCACAUCAUUCUCAAAUUGCUAUUAUUCGGGAAGUUUAUGACAGUGAUUCUUCACAUGAAAAUUUUGAGCUCGAACUAGAACGAGCCUUAGAAGCAGGGGUACCAACAAUAGUAAUUGAACCAACAACACUUGGAGAUGAGACUGCUAGAUGGAUAGCUGUUGGAAACUGCCUACACAAAACAGCUGUACUUGCAGGAUUUGGCUCAUUGGUGUCAGGAGUCAUAUGGCGAGAUACAGCUUAUGUUUGUGUUCCUCUUGGCACUCUCUCUCUCUUCUGCACUGGAGUAUAUACAGCAUCUUGGCAGUUUGAUCCUUGUUGUAAAUAUCAGGUGGAAUACGAUUCUGGACGCCUUUCUCGUUUACCUCUGCAAUCAUUAUCAUCUGCAUCUCCAGUUGUUUUGGUACGAAGAGAUGACUCUCGAAGAAAAGUUUUACACAAUUGUGUGUCACUCGUUGCAUUUUCAUAUUGUAUGUGGAGAUUGUAUUUGUUAUAUAAAUAGGAACAUGAACACUAUUCCAUUAGAAUGUAGGUAAUUAGAUAAUAAAGUUUAUCAUUGUAAAUGGGAUGUUUAGAGCCUAUAAGUAUUUAUUAGAAUAUAUUUUUAAUUGAUGUACUCACCUUAUCAUAUGAUUCAUGCGUUAUUAAAAAACUUUGUUAAGACUUAUGUUAUGACAUUUAGAGAAUGAUUCCAUACCUUGAUUUCAUGAAAAAGGAAAUAUAGAAAACUCAGGGCAUACAACUGUUGUAAGUUAUUUAGCACUUACUGAUUUUUUAGUAUGAUCAUGAAUAUUUAUUUGUGAAGGGCUAACACAUCAAGAAUAUGGUUUAAUUGAUUUUGUAUUGCUCACUUUAAUGCAUAUCAGGAAUUAGCUUAUAUUGUAGUAUGGUAUUUCUGAAAUGUUCAGUAUUUAGAAUAUUAUUCAUCGACUAGUUGCAUGCCAGGGUAAAAUACUUUCUGAUUUCGUUAUCUAAACCGGAAUAUCUACCGGUACAUUAUUUUGUUAAGAUCUAUGUUGAGUAAUGCCUGUCGUAUAUUACAUAAAUUAACUGUAGUAUAAUAUUUGUAUAUAUAAGAGUUAUAAUCAAGAAUUGUUAGAAAAAAACUGCCAUAUUUAUUAGUGGGAAAGGUAAAAAAAUUGGUACAGUAUAUAGGUUUGCUAGUCUUUCACAACAUUAGCUAUUCAUUCCUGUGUGUGUUUACUGUACAGUAUCUUAUUACUUAUUCUGUGGCAACUUUUUUUCUUCCAGGUUUUCUACUCCUAUAUGAAACUGAAGUUUUAACAUGUCAGGGUUUAAUGAGACAUCCAUUUUUGCUAAUAGGAAUUAAAUGAGAAUAUUGUGUGUAGAAGAAUUUUUUCAAGAAUUAGCUAAUAUGUAGAAUGACAAUUACUGAGCAGAUAAUAGCUGAAGUAGUUGCUACUUUUAUUUGAAUAUUCACAGUUCUGGUACUAUUUUGUUUUAUCUUCAAUUUUCUUAUUGUUAUUCAAGAAGUAUGAUUAUUAUUUUGUCAGUUCCAUUCUUUGUUGACACUGUCUUGGCAACAUGGUGCAAAAGUAAGUACAGUUCUUGAUUAUUGUUAGGCUUUUGAAUAGCACAACUACUGAAGUAACCUUUGGCUCUGAAACUAUGUUUAAUCAUAAAUGUAAUAUGUAGUUUGUUAUAAUAUAAUAAUAAAAGUUACUCUGCAUAAAAAAGGGAUAGGAAGAAAAAGGAAGGGAGCUGGAAAUGAGCAUCAUAAUGUAUGAGAAGAUAACAUUUGCAGCUGUGAUACAUUUCUUUAUUUUCUAUUGGUUUUAAGUGUUAUUUUGGACCGUACAAAACAUACAUAUUUAACAUACUGAAAUACAAAUGGUGUAGCUUUACAAGGGAAUGGGUACUUCAGCCAGCUAUCCUACAUGGUAUUUUAAACUCAUUUGUAAAAAAAGUAUAUUUUUUGUGCUUUUUCCAAUUGUUCAAUUCACAUGUAUAUUUUAUCUUAUAGCCUUGAUUGUGUGAAGGGGACAUUACCAAACAAGGAAGAAAUAUAUAAUCACUGUCAUGGGACUGUUUGAAAUGGUUUAUAGAACUCAAGCUAAAAUGUUUAAAAUCCAACUGCUUAAGAAAUACAGACUUUUCAGUGUGUGGAGAAUCUCUGUGGGGUCUGAUGGUCUUAUAUGUAUGCCAUAAACCCCAGAAGGUCAGCUAUUAGUGGCUGCUAUUAAAACAUUCUCUCUCACACAAAUUAUAUGUAUAUACAAUUGUGGCAUUCCCACUUGUUAGCUCUACUCUUUAUUAUUAUUAUUAUUAUUGUAAACAGUAGCCCCUCCGUUUAUCAGACCUCUUCUGAUUGGAAUCAGUGUAUAUUGCCAGUCACACCAUUAUUGGUAGGCAACCGUUUUAAAAACGAUGCAAUUUGCUAUAAAACUCCUAAAUUGAAUAUGUCCGAUGUUCAGGUUAGCUUAGGCUAGAGUUUAUUUGAAGUUACUGUUGGCUGUGUGAUAAGCUAGUUAUUCAGUGUAAGCUAUACUAUAGUGUCAUCUAUGUUAGAGGGCCACAUCCCCAAAGCAUCUGAUAAGCUGAGGGGUACUGUAAUUCAACCAUAUUAAGACUAAUUGAAGUCAUCUGAAAGAUUGUUCAUAAAUGGGAGGGGAAGAUUUUUAGCAAGGUAAAGUUAAAGAAGUUAUGACAACUGAAUAUGAAACUAUUGCAGUUGGCAGCUGGAGAAAUACUGAAAGAAUCCUUUCUACACUGGCAAUGUUCUUCCCAAGACACUUUGGAAGCAAUAUUCCUUUAUUGUGUAUUUGUGUUUAAAUAUACAACACACAUGUAAAAAUUGUAGAGAUUGUUUACGCGAUUCAUAGGCUUGACGUGAAUAGACUUCCAUUUUUGAAAACCAUUUUUGAAAAAAAAAAAAAAGUUCAGGAAAGGAAUGAGAACAGAUUAGGUGAAAUGUAAUAGAUAAACAAUAUUUCUUAAAAACAAAUUAAUUUCUCAGACAAACCAGUUACACAUAAUUAGCCUACAUUUAUGAUCUUUGGAUGCCCCAACAUUUCUUUGUUAUGAGGCAAAAGAAGAGUGAAAGUAGCCAUUUACAUGUAGAUUCUUGAGUCCCCAUCAGCUAAUUGGCCACCCAGAUAAAAGAAAUUGGUGUAGGGAGGUGGAGCCAGGAAUUUCAUAUCAGAAUUAAUUGGUAUGUGCAAAAAUAUUCAAUUUGUUUUGAGUAUAGUACACAUUAGAUUUAUUUCACCACCACAGUUCCAUUACUUACAUUUAGUGUCAAUUAUAAUUUAGGUGGGAAGGAUUGAGAUGUUAAACACCAGGAUUCAGAGAUUGGGACAUGUACUGAUUUCCAUUCCUUGGUAUAAAAUAAGCAUUUUGCUAGGUAAUGGUUGAGUGUCCAAACUCUGUAAGGAUUGGAGAUAGUCUCUGCUGCUCCUGCUGGAAACCCUUUCCCUGAGGUCAUUAGGUAACCUCCAUGUAUGGAUAUCUAACAAUUUCAUGUUCUUGUGAAAUCACUGAAAGUUAGGACUGUGUAGAAACCUCUGCUACUGGGGAGUACCCAUGGAUAUGUUCCUCAAAAGAUAUAAAGAAUAUUAUCAAACCAUUUUUACUAUUCUGGAUGGUUGCCAGUAGUCAAUGACAAAUCUUGAUUCCUGAACCUCAUCCAAAAUUGCUAAUGACAGGAAAGGUGUACACUUCCAGGCCAUGGCAUACAUGUAUGAGAACAUGUUUCUUCCAGGUUGCUGGAUCCACUAGAGUAGGGGAUUAUACAUAUUAAAAUCUCCUCUUGAGGUUCUUUGGAAAUAGUCACCCAAGGGUGCUCCACAGUACCCAUAGAACCUUAUGGACAAGUGGAUGUAAUGACCAUUAUAAGCAAAAAUCUUUAUGCCUUUUGGCAAGAUACAGCACUUUCACAAUGAAAAAUUUUGACUGCCCGACGACAUAGGGUCUCCAAACUCAUGACCUUUUGGUUUUUCAGAUUUGCUAUGGGAGUCACAUUGGCAUCAUCAUUCUUCUGUCUUGCCUCUCUCAUGAACAGCAAAUAGUUGUCUGGACAAUUGUUCUGAAGUUCUGGCUGCCUAGAAAUUUAUGGGAUGGGCUCCCCACCUUUGGUUUGACUUGUCUGUAAAAAGUAGAACAUCUUAAGGAGGUGCCAGGGGCAGUCCUGUCCUGUGGUUCUCAAGAGUCUUAUCACCAAGGACAAUCCAUUCAGACAUUGCACCAUAGGUGACUGGUUGGCUGAUUUCUUGCUCCACAAGACCUGAUAAGUUAUAGAUACAGAGAAUGAAUCCUGAACCAACUGCAAUGUGCCAGUCUUUCCAGUGAGAUGAUCUAUCAGAAGUUGGCACACUUUGGCAGAUGGGUCAUUUCUGUUGGAAUUUCUGUCUGUCAAAUAAACCAGGGCGUCAAGUAUGUCAGAUCCAUCUCUAUGUAAGUUAUUUCCAUCAAUUCAAAAUUUGCCCUCCUCCAGUUGACCUUGACCUGGAGAAUGUAAUAAGUGUGCUGAUAAAGUUCUGUUGGUGAUGAUUCUACCAAAAGUAAGUUGUCUAAACUUCUAAAGAAUCUAUUCCCCUACUGGGUUCUCCAGGUGAAAACUUGAGGGGAACAUGAUGGACUAGAACAUGGAACUGAGAGUACUGAGCUGAAGCUGCUUCCUCUACCCUGCUUGUUGGACAGCUGAUGAUGGGGUGCCACUUUCCUCUUGCCUUGAGAACCACAAACUGGUAGUUGUAAAAACCUAUGGAGUUGUCCAACAACACCUAGGUUGUCCACUUAAUAUCCACCAAACCUUGCUCUCUUAAACUUUAAAUUCUGAGUCUAUGAAGUAAAAGUGAUGGGAGAGUUUUCUCCAGAAAUGGAAGUCAUUAAUCCUCUGUUAACCAAGGCUUAGCAUCAUCUAGUAACAAGCUCAUCAGAAUUUCAUGAGAGUUUCACCAGGAAAAAAAAAAUGGUGAGGUAGAACAUACGCUCCUUUUCCUCCCCUUCCCUGGAAACUAUGUUGAAGUGGCCACCUUUUCUACUAACGUUAUCUUUCUUUGGUAGCUAAACUGGUCUGGCCACUGAUAUUUCUGCAAACACAUUCUGACAUCUGGUACUAGAUUCAAUGAGUUGGUAUAGAACACCUUCAGUUCCUUAUGACAACGUUAGUUAGAACAAAAUCCAAUUUGUUUGACUUUGCACCUCCUCCAGAAAUGGGUAAGGUUCAUGAUACUGUGCCAUGUCUUUUCUGGGUAGUAUGUUAAGGAUCAUACAGAGAGAAAGGACCAAAGUUUGAUUAAAAGAAGCUGUCAGCUUCUGGUCUUUGAGACUUCCUUUAAUGCUUUUGAGGAACCCAAGCUGGUGAUGUCUACCCCAUAAAAAAAAAAAAAAAAUUAGGUUAAGCGAAAAAGAAAGACACUUCGGGUUAGGGUUCCAGUACCCGAGGGUUGUCAUGCUUGCAUGGAAGGAACAUUUAGAUCUCUUGUAAAUUUUGCUUACCAUUAGGUCUGGAGGAGAGGAACACUUGGGAGAAAUUUUGGGCUUCUUUUGGCUUUUACUGGUAAAUACCUUUUUCUGCCAAUUUAGAAAUCAUCUAGAAUAUCUAAAAUGUAUGUUAUGGCAAUGAGUGGUCCCAAGUGUCAGGUGUGUAGAAAGCUGUCUGUCUAGAGUCAUUAAAAUUUAAUUCCAAGGCUAUAGGAUUGUUCUGUGUUGGUCCUCUUUGAGGUUUCCAUUUGUAUCCAAAUGCCAUUUAAGGCACCAACAACAUUCAAGGGUAAAGAAUUAGGAGACAAAUGGGCUAGACUUCUGAGCAUGAGACUGUAACUGUCCACCAGUACGAACUAGUUACAGGCCUGUUACUUCUUCCUGGUGUCUAGAAGUCAGAUAUUAUUGAGUGCUACAACAUCAAUAUGAAUCAAGUCUUGGCAUAGCUUUGGGGUUGAGUAGUUCCUCUUUGGAUGAGUCUGUUACAUGCUCGACUGCCGAUGUCUGGAUCCAGGUUCAAUUCCCUGCUCUGCCAACACAGAAUCAGAGGAAUUUGUUUCUGGUGACAGAAAUUCAUUUCUCGAUGUGGUUCCAAUCCCACAAUAAGCUGUAGGUCCCAUUGCUAAAUAACCAAUUGGUUAUUAGCCAUGUAAAAAUAUCUAAUCCUUCGGGCCAGCCCUAGGAGAGCUGUUAAUCAGUUCAGUGAUCUAGUAAAAUUAACAUAUAUUUUGGGGUUGAGUCUGACCUUUCUGGUAAUGAGGUUAACUUAAAGGCUCUUGGCAUCUUUACAGACUCAGUCUGCUAACGUGGCCAUGUUCUUGGUGUAGGGUAACAAGGUUUCUAUCUUUAUUCCUGGCAUUUACAAGGCCUGAAUCCUGGUUUGGUUAUUUUGCUGUGGGUCCACUUACACAACUUUGAUCACUGCUCUUGGUAUCCAUGGAAGUCUGCUAAAUUCUUCACUCCAAACAACAGCUCCUCUCAAGAACUUGCCAGGAACAGAGUAGUUUAUGCUUGCAAGUAAGGAACUCGAAGAAAUGGCGAAAGUGGCUCUACUCUGAAUCUCUGCCAGUGUCCAAACCUGGAUUGCCCUGUUUAUCGACAGAAGAUGCAUUCAUCUUGGAAUUGGAGUAGGUUCAUUCUGUCUAGGCUGAAUAAGUGAGAGGAUGGAAGUUUAACAGUUGCUGUCAAGCACUGUCGUUGCACUUGCAUCUGUUCUUGAUUUGAAAUGAUUGGGCACUAUUUGAUCUGGUUCUUAUACUUUCCUCCAUGCAGAGCAUCUACCCGUGAGAGUGGCAGUCUGCCCAAAGCAGCAUCUGAAAAGGGCAGCUCCUCAAUCAUUAUUAAUGUUGAAGGUUCCACUGUAGACUAGCAGACCAAGCUUAGAUCUGGAAAACAAACUUGUCCCCAACAACUGCUACAAAAUUGUCGUAUUGAUAGGCCCAUGUUAAUAUAAGAGAUACACAUGAAAUGGCCUGCCAAGCAAUGCAGUAACUUUACAGUGAACAAGGAAAAUAUGAGGAAGCAAAAAAUAUAUGCAAGUACAAAAUUCAGAAAUACCAAAACCCCAAUAUAAAGAAAAUGGCAGGUAUUAUACAGCAAGUAAAAUAUACAAAAUUAGGCAUAAAUGGUAACCAAAAUAAUUAAGCUCUUUAAACAAGAACUUAAGUUACUUUUUAAUUGCUUUAGGCAUAGAAAAUUCCAUUGAGCAGUGAACUAUAAACUGCAUGGGACUUAUGGAUCCAUAUGCAUGUGUGCAUGGUAUAUUCUAUCUGUCAAGGAAAGACAUGUCUAGGGCAUUCAAAAAUCAUGAGUGGACUAAUUGUAAUUACCAGGAAACAGGUACAUGGUAUAUUACAUUCUUUCAUGGUAAUGAGCAUCAUCAUUAUUGUCAAGGAAAACUGUUUUGUAGUUUCACAACAAACUGUCUAGUAAUUUGCAUUGUGACUUGUGGUGCCUGAGCAGAAUCAGGAAAUGCCUCUGUGAAAUAAAUGUAGUGCAUGUUACCUUAAGAGAUGUAAAAAUAGAUUGAAUACCUAUGAUACAUAGCAAAAGGAAUUAAGAAUGAAAUACACUACAUUUAUUUGAAAUAUGUACUAUAUGAAAUUUUUUGAUCACACAAGUUAUCAGUGGUGGUAAACAUAAAAAAAAUGAUUUGAUAAUAUAUUUCAAGUUGAGUAAUAGACACAGUUAGCGUGUACUUGCACUUUAUUAUGCCCACUUCAUUUUUAUUCCAUAAAUGAUUUUAAAGAUCUUCAGUUGGUAAUCUUGUGGAAGAAAGACUAGUGGGUAAUAAUACAGUAUGAAGAUCUGUAUGUAUUAAUUGAUCAUUCUUUAAAGUGUACAAAAGUUUUUGGAGUGCCCCAACUUGUUCUAAGAUUUUUUAUCACUGAAUUUCCCCUAUCCACAAUUACUUUAAUACUUUCCUUUUAUUUUACUGUCUUAUAAUUUUUCUUUACAUUGUCUAGUUUGUAAGCUUCAGGUAAUUGGGGGUUACUAUUCCAGUCAGUUUGAAUAAAUGUUGAUUAGUAAAUUCCUGUAUAUUAUGUGUAUUUUCAUCAAAAGUGCAAAUGCAAUUACAUUAAGGUGGAUGUUACACUACAUAUGUAACAAGAAAAAUAUUUCAUCUGCCUAAGAAAAGCAAUCUUAUGUAGAAUAUCAAUAUAGUAUUUUAUUUUUUA